AUGUCACACCCGCGGAUAGAAGAGGUCGAGGACAGCGACGUCGAGGCAUCCGACCCCUCGGAAGGAGACAUUGAGGAUUUUGCAGACUCAGACAUCCUCCGCUCACGGACAGCACCGUCACCCGCCCAGGCCCAAGCCGCCGCCGCAGCACGAUCCCACCUCAUCAACCCCUCCACCAUCCCGUCGCUAUCGCACGGCGCAAACCAGGCGCCGCACGAGUUCCAGACGACCAGCUCGACCGCCGGCUACGGCGACUUCCAGUGCCUGUACCCGGUGUACUUUGACGCGACGCGGUCGCGCGCCGAGGGCCGCCGCGUGUCCAAGAGCCUGGCGGUGCCGAACCCGCUGGCGCGCGAGAUCGUCAACGCCUGCGCCAAGCUGCGGCUGCAGACGCUCUUCGAGCCGGGCAAGCUGCACCCGAAGGACUGGGCGAACCCGGGCCGCGUCAAGGUGCAGCUCAAGAACGCAAAGAGCCCGAGCGCCGCCGCCGCCGCCGUCAAGAACAAGCACCACCUGUACGUGCUCGUCGCCCGCCACCUGCAGGAGAACCCGACCACCGAGCACUGCGCCGGCCUGCGCGAGCGCGUGCCCGGCGCCCCGCUGCCCGACGCCGGCAAGCCGUACCCGCGCCCGGCGGUCCCGCGCGGCUGGAAGAUGGGCGACCUGCUGCCCUACUACAGCCCUGCGAUGACGGGCGGCGGCGUCAGCGAGAACCUAUUCAAGGACAUGAUGAAGGAGAUGCAGCAGGGCGGCGACAUGCAGAGCCUGCUGGCGGGUGCGGCGGGCGGCUCCGGAAGCGGAAGCGAGGAGAAGAAGAGUAAGAAGGACAAGAAGGGGAAGAAUAAGGGGUGA